ACUUCACACUGACACCUCGUAUCACUCUGUUUUAACGGAAGCUGUUUUACAACAUAGAAGCCAAAAUGAGGAUAUUGGUGCAUUUAUCGAUAUUAUUAGUGCUAAUAACUGUGAUGUAUCAGUUCGUUCAUUGCGGCGGUAGAAAUUUUCAACAUAGAAAACGUUUUCUUUCAAAAGUAAAACUGAGGCUCUCGAGAAGAAUUCAAAUAAUCAAGUGUUGUGGAGGUUCGAAAUGUUCGUCAUCUUUUAUGCGUAAACCAAAACGACGUACGAGUGAUUUCAAAACGAACACAACUCAAGGAUAUUUUCAAACAGCUGUAACCAAAAAUGACAGCAGGGAUUAUGAAAAUAAGGCUAUCUCUGAGUCUGAUCCAACCCCCUCUGAACAAAACCAAAAUCCCCUUGACACAGAAACUUCUUCCUCUGAUCAAGGCAUGACGUCCUCUGACACCACCAUCACAAUAGCCAAACCAAAAAAUUUAGCUUGUGAACUGUCUCGGUGCGAAAACUUCACUUUCAUCGCAAACCAGGGCGCAUCAUCAGUGAUCAGCGCAAGCACAAGCAAUCUGAUUAUGAGAAACGGAAUGACGUUUCUGUUUUCGUCAGCAGCAGCGACCCAAGUUGAGGCAGCAAAGAACUGCUUUUCGCGCAAUUUGAAUUUAAUUUCUGUGCAGGACGCCUUUAAAAUGAAUCUUGUUCAAAAAUUGCUUCAAGGUUCGUGUUUUAAUUUUAUUCAUUUUAAUUUUGUCUUAACGCUUUAAAGAUGUUGGCACCGAUUCUACCGUCUGGACAAUUGGCUCCAACGAAGGAAACGUGUCGUGCCAAAAUUACAAUUUGAGUUUCGCCUGGUGCAACGAGAAAAGAGAAAUCGUCCUUCCCGUGAUCAUGCAAGAAAUGAACAGUUUGGAAAUUGUUCAAAAAGGACUCACAACGUCCAUGCUUAACGGUGCUGCCGUCUUGCAAACUUCAGAUUCUAAUUCACUGUUUCCAUAUUUGUGUGAGCCAACAGGUGAUUUUCAAGACUCUUGCCUCGCUCUUAAGUGCAAAAAACGCAGCACAUUAUUUGACGCAAACGGGAAUAUAAAGGAUGGAGAAAAGUAUGGGAAUUGGACACGUACCUGCAACAAAUUGUACCUUUACUCUGGCAAGCUUGGCACUUGGCAGCAGAAUUGGGACUUUUGUUGCAGAUUAGGAAUGCACCCGAUUUGGUUUAGCUCGGCGUCCGACUUUGAAUGUUUGAGCAACUCGACUAAAGUGAACUGGACGCUAAACUAUAAUUAUUGGACGGCGGGACGCGCAAUGGGCACCUGGGGAAGGUGGGCCUGGUGCCCAGGGGCCGUCAACCUUCCCGACUCGCUUUCCUGGGCUCCGGGGCAACCGGACAAUAAUCAGACCAACGAGAACUGCCUACACUUGCAAGUGACGAAAAAUUCGAGCGGUGUACUUUUGUCAGACCGGAACUGCAGCCACAAAUACGUCAUGGCUUGCCAGGGUGACGCGAUGAUGGCGUCCAACUGCAACAAGCCAAAUUGUCCGAUGGAGUGUACUCAAAAUGAAUCGUUUUUCGAAAAUGGAAUAUUAAAGGAUCUGUUUGUUCACGGCCAGUGGAAUGCCGGUUGUGGCAAAGAUUUUCUGUUUUCGGCUGCUAUUUUGGAUUGGUUGGGCGCGUGGAAUUAUUGUUGCUCCGUUGGAAUGAAACUGGCCUCGAUUGAGGCUCUUGAGGAAUUGAGUUGUCUCACGAAUAUGGUUGCGAAAUAUCCCAGAGCAGUCUACCCUGAUCAAUGUGGAAGGGAUUUCUGGACAUCUGGCACCAACCGCGGCUGUCCAGGUGCGCACUUCUGGUGUUCAGAGAAUGAAAAAUUGAACAAGGAAGAACUAGCGAACUGGAAAAACGGGCAAAUGCCCUCGGAGAGUGCUGAUCAGUGCAUUUUCAUUAAUUUGUCAAAUUCAACUUUGAGUGAGACUUAUUUGGGCACUGAUUAUUGUACAGAGCAAAAACCAUUUCUUUGCGAAGCCUUGCAACCGGGCAAUAAAUCGGUGCAAAUCGCGCGCUCUUGCUCGGAAAUUUGGAAUGUGACAGACGAUGAAGUGAAUGAUAUAAUCAUGAAUCCAAGUGGCGACGUCGUCAACCAAAGACGCAAUCUAAAAUGUUAUCUAAGGUGCUGCGGGAAAAAAGGACACGUGUUAAAAAGCGGGUCACUGGUGACGGAUGAAAUUUUGCGCAACUUAGAGGACUUGACGGCCGACGACCCGCAAGCAAUGCAGGAUGGCUUUCAAAACUUUGAUUCCUGUACUUCCAUUCAGUCCACUGAUGAGUGCCACCUGAUGGCCCAGAUGUUCCAGUGUGGAAAGAAAAAUGCACCAGACCUGACUUUAGGUCUCGUCACUGCCAUCAAAGGAGACGCCACUGCUUCAGUUACUGCUACAGGGGGAAUUAAAACCGCCGGGAGAGUAUGUCCUCUUUAUCCAGCAGCAAGUUGUGUACCAAAUCAAACAUAUAUUGAUCAACUUAAAAACACGGGAUCAUCUUUGGGGGGAGGUGUCAUGACAACAUCGAAUGGAAAAAAAUACUUUAUGAAAUAUGUCAAUGGAAUUACCCCUGCUCAAGCAGAAGCAGAUUACUGCUGUGUUCUUGGCAGUCACCUUGUCAUUUUCGAAAGUUUAGAGGAUUUCAAAGCUUUUAUGCAAAGCUGGCAAGAUGGUACACAACACUGGGCUAUCCUUGGACCGUCUUUCGACAACGGUGAUGGUACCGACAGCUGGUGCUUGAACUUUAAAAAGAUGCCAGUAGGAAUGAUCACAGAUAUCAACACAUUUUAUCGCAACCAACUGUGGAACUCCACUAUAUUCUUCAGGCAAGGCUUAGAAUUAUACUCAGUUCCAAACGGAAGUGGGGCUCACCGAGUUUUAUGUGGCCCACUUCCCUACUAAAUUAUCUGGAUUUUGUUGAAAUUAUUCCAAUCGUAGAAAACUUUUUCGAUAAUAAUUGGAUUCUAGGCAUUUUUCUAUUAUAUUUGUGAUUGAUUUUGUGUUUGGUAAAUGUAAUAUGAUGUUAUUUUGCUUGUCAACAAAAUAAUAAAAAAAUAGCUGUGUGUUAUAAUUACAGCUGGUUGUUGUUUAAUUGUUUGACAAGGAUCAUGUUCCAACAUAAUUUUAAUGAUUUUAUGAUGUAUUGUGAACUAUACACAGUUAAGUCCUACCAAGAAAUGUUGUAUACUCUAAUUCAAGUUUGAAUAAAUAAA